UUGCAGCAGCAGCAGUGACAGCUUGAAGAGAAGCAGAAAAAACAAACACAAUAAACAGCUGAGCAGAGAGAAGAUGAGUGAGGAACAUUAUCUGGAGCUGUGUGAGAACCCGGUGCAGUUUGAACACGCGUCCAAUGUCAACAACGUGUUCUUUGAUGAAGCUAACAAGCAGGUGUUCGCGGUGCGUUCAGGCGGAGCCACAGGUGUGGUGGUCAAAGGUCCAGAUGAUAAGAGCUCUGUUGCCUUCAGGAUGGACGAUAAAGGAGAAGUGAAAUGCAUCAAGUUCUCCAUCGGAAACAAGAUUCUGGCGGUACAGAGAACUUCCAAAUCUGUGGAUUUCAUCAACUUCAUCCCCGACUACCCACACACAGAGUUCACACAGGAAUGCAAGAUGAAGAACGCCAAUGUUUUGGGUUUCUGUUGGACAAACUGGAACGAGAUCGUCUUCAUCACUGAUCAGGGGAUAGAAUACUACCAGGUGUUUCCAGACAAGCGUAGUGUGAAGCUGUUGAAGAGUCAGAGCAUUAAUGUGAACUGGUACCAGUACUGUCCAGAGACGGCCGUCAUCCUGCUGUCCACCACCGUGCAGGGAAACAUCCUGCAGCCCUUCGCCUUCAGGAACGGGAGCAUGUCCAAGAUGUCCAAGUUUGAGAUCGAGCUGCCAGUCGUCCCAAAACCCGCCAAACUCAGCCUGUCGGAGAGAGACAUCGCCAUGGCAACCAUAUACGGUCAGCUGCAUGUGAUGUAUCUGAAGCAUCACUCAAGAACAGCCAACAGUCCCAGUGCAGAGGUGGUGCUGUACCACUUACCAAGGGAGAGUGCGUGUAAGAAGAGUCACGUGCUGAAGCUGAACACCACGGGGAAGUUUGCUCUCAACAUCGUGGACAACCUGGUGGUGGUUCAUCACCAGAGCUCCCAGACGUCUCUGAUCUUUGACAUCAAGCUGAAGGAGCCAGAAUGUGCCGUCACACACCAGCCUGUCUUACCGGCCCGCUCCAUACACCCCUACAGGAUACCGCUGUCAGGUCCAGCAGUCGUUCCCUCUCAGCCUCCGGUGCCGUGUCAGCUCUACUCUUCCUCCUGGAGCGUCUUCCAGCCCGACAUCAUCAUCAGUGCUAGUGAAGGUUACUUGUGGUACCUGCAGGUGAAGUUGCCUCCAGCUGUCAACCUGCUGCAGGAUAAAGGAAAACUGAUGGACUUCCUGUUAAGGCGGAGAGACUGCAAGAUGGUCAUCCUGUCUGUCUGCUCACAGAUUCUUGAAGGCGGGGAGAAAGGUAGUCUCCCAGUUGUGGCGACCGUCUUUGACAAACUCAACCAGGUGUAUAAAGAAUACCUGGAGGCAGAGCAGACGUACACUGUGGCGAUGGAGUCCGGUCCGGGUCGAGGCAACGCGGCUCAGAAACGUCCGGUCAGAACUCAGGCGGUCAUCGACCAAUCAGACAUGUACACACACGUCCUGUCUUCUUUCACAGAGAGGAAGGGUGUCUCCCAUAAGUUCAUCAUUGCUGUACUGAUGGAGUACAUCCGCUCUCUGAACCAGUUCCAGAUCACCGUCCAGCAUUACCUGUAUGAGUUGGUGAUAAAGACGUUGGUUCAACACAACCUGUUCUACAUGCUGCAUCAGUUCCUGCAGUAUCACGUCCUCAGUGACUCCAAACCACUGGCCUGUUUGCUUCUGUCUCUGGAGAGCACGUACCCUCCUGCACACCAGCUGUCACUGGACAUGUUGAAGCGUCUGUCCACAGCCAACGAUGAGAUAGUUGAGGUGUUGUUGUCCAAGCAGCAGGUUCUGGGCGCGCUCAGAUUCAUCCGGAGUGUCGGUGGACAUGACAACGUGUCGGCCAGGAAGUUUCUGGAUGCGGCGCGACAGACGGGAGACCAGAUGUUGUUUUACACGGUGUUCAGGUCCUUUCAGCAGAGGAACCAACGACUGAGAGGAAGCCCCGGAUUCACCCCUGGAGAGCACUGUGAGGAGCACGUGGUUCACUUCAAGCAGCUGUUUGGGGAGCAGGCACUGAUGAAACCUUCCACUGUGUGAACCACUGAGACCCAAAAACACAGUGGAAACUAAUCCUGGAUGCCGGCAGACGAUGGACCGAGUCUCUCUCUCUCUGUCAGUUUGGACACACAGGAUGGACAUGAGACGACCUGACGGGGUCACACACACCAACAUGUGGGACAAAUCAUCAUGUGACUUGUGUAUGUUCACAUGCACACUAGUAUCCUGGCUCCAGAAACAUGAAUAAGCCACAUGGAAGAAGAACAGGGUGUGAAUUUGACAUGAUCCUGUUGUAUCCAGAAGAAUUAACUUUAAGUAGAUGUGGUUAGUUCAGACACACAGACUUUUUCCACCAGGUUAAUAUCAGAAAGUCAAUGGAUAAAAAUCAUUCAAAGUAAAUUACAAAUGUACAGACUGUAGGAGGUUUCUGUGAUUUGAACAGCUGCCUUUGGAAAUCUCUUCACUAAGAAAACACACAACAAAACUGAUAGAGCAUUAAAAUAAAAACCUAGGGGGAUCAUGUCAUUUGGUUUUAAGUUUUGAGGCCAAAGCUAAGAGAUAAAUAAAGGAUUUUGAGAAUUCUGUCACAGUAUUUUGAGAGAAAAAAAACAACAUGUAGAGAUUAAACUUAAAUUUUAGUCACUGUUACUUUAUGAAAAGACAGCAGAAGCCACUUCCCGUCUACUAAUCUUUUCUUUCAUCGGUCCUUCUGACGUAAAUGAAGCGUGUUCCUGGAGAUUACGUUCCACCUUCAAAGACAAACUAGCUCCACUACAGCAUUACAUACAGCUCUUAUUAAAGAUUCACCAGCACAGCAGCAGCAGUUUGUCAGUAAUUUUCCCCUAAAAUCUUAAAUCUAAACUUUAACUCCAUCCCGUCCUUUACAGACAUCUGAACCAACCGCAGCCCGUUUGCUUGUCCAUGAUUUUGCUUCUUUUGUCGAGUAGUGACAUUUAGUCUGCAAUGAUGGACUUUGGUUUAUUAAGAAAAAAAGAUUAUAUAAACAACAAUAUUUCCAUCCUUAUUUAAGCACAGCAUGACACACUCUUGAGUAUGGUUCCUGUUCCAAAGCUGGAACUUCAGUGCUUCAAUGUUUUGGGGAAAAAAAGUAAAAUGAUAUCAAAAAAGUGACGAUCAAACUUGCAACUUAUUAUUAAUUAAGUUUAUUCACAUCUCUCACCUGUGUGCUACGAUAGAGACUCUUUGUCCCGAAAUACUGAGACGUUUCCUCAUAAUUUUACAACUUAACUUACACAAAGGUUUUCCUUGAACAGUGGCUCUACUACUCGAAUGUGAUUACUGACCUUCUUCAUGUCAAACUCGUUCUGGUUUCUUGUGUCCAUGUUGUCAGAUAUGUACCCUGCACAGGUGAUGAGACGCCUGAAAGUGAUUAAAACCAGGAGAAAUGUACAUGUGAUGUCACUGUGAGCGGCUCAGCUAACGUGGCUGUUUUCUCACCUGUUGUUGGACGCUGCAGCUGUGAAAAGUCUGGACAGAAUACAUUUAUGAAGACUCUGUACAUAUGAAAUGAAUGAGGUGGAUUAUAAAUCUAUUGUGAUUAUUUUGUAUGAUAAAGAAUGAAUUAUUGAAUAACUAAUCUAAUCACUAAUGUUAAAUCUUUGUUUUGAAAUCAAAUAGCACCAAAUUACAUAAAUGAAGUGAAAUGUUUUUUAAUGUUCUGUUAAAAGAUGCUGAAAAUAUGAAAAUAAAAAGUGU